AUGACAGUCGCCCUGUCUGCUCCAGAGCCCUGGGAUGGACGGGAAGCAGUGCCAGGAGAGGAGGCUUCGACUGUGCAGCACAAUGGAGAACAGGCAGCAUCCGUGGGGGAGAAGGUCCUGGCUGCCACCGAGGCCCAGGGAGUAGGGAAGGAGGAGAAAGAUGAGCCUGGGAAGACAAAAACUCCAGCUGUAGAAGAACCUAAGGGAGGCAAGGCAGCACCCAUAGAGGGGAAUGCUCCAGCUGCUGCCAAGGCUCAGGACAGGGGGAAGGGUGAGAAGGAUGAGCCUGGGAAGAAGAAAGCUCCAGCUGCAGGGGAGCUCAAAGGAGAAAAGGCUCCAACUGCUGCCAAGGAGAAGGAUGGAGAGAAGGAUGAGCCCAGGGAGGAGAAGGCUCCAGCUCUGGGAGAGCCUGAAGGAGGGCAGGCAGCACCCAUGGAGGCAAAGGGCCCGGCUGUAACUGAGGCUCAGGAUGGAGAAAAGGACAAGCUCAGGAAAGAGCAAGCCCCUGGAGGCUCAGGGCCUGAGGCUGGUGGGAAAGCAGAGCCCACAGAGAAGAAGGUUCCAGCUGCAGCAAACUCUGAAGGAGGGAAGACAAAAUCCACAGAGGAGACAGCCUUGGCUGCAGCUCAGACUCAGGAUGGAGGCAAAGGAGAGCUUGCAAAUGAGGAAACCACAGCGGUUGCAAAGGAGAAGGUCCCAGCCACUGCUAAAUCUUCAGAUGGAGGGAAGCAAGCUGCAAAGGUAGAGCAAGCCCCAGCUGAUAACAAGGCUCCAAAGGAGAAAAUUACAGCAUCUGUGAAAGAGAAGGCUCCAGCUUCUGCAAAGGCUCAGUGUGGGGAGAAUAAAGUGAUAAAGGCAGAAAAAGCCCCAGCAGUAAAAAAGACUCCAGAUGGAGGCAAAGAAGAGCCUGUGAAGGACAAGGCUCUAGCUCCCACAAAGGACAAGGCUCCAGCUCCUGAGAAGGAGAAAGCCCCAGCUCCAGUGAAGGAGAAAGCUGUAAUUCCUGCAAAGGAGAAAGCCCCAGAUGCUGCCAUGGCUCAGGAUGGAGAGAAGGCAGCAGCAAAGACAGAAAAAAAUUCAGCUGCAAAAAUGGCUCAAGGUGGAGGUAAAAAAGAGCCUGCAAAGGAGAAAGCCGCAGCAGCAGGGAAGGUGCAGGAUGGAGGGAAGAAAACUGCAAAGGUAGAAAAAAACACAGUUGCAUCAAAGACUGAGGAUGAAGGGAAAGAUCCUGCAAAGGAGAAGGUCCCAGUGGCUGCAAAGGCUCAGGAUGGAGGGAAGAAAGCUGCUGAGGUGGAGGCCCCCGCAGCUGCAGCAGAGGCUGGAGAUGGGGCUGAGGAGCCCACAGAGUCAGCAGCCAUGGUUACUGUGAAGGCUCAGGGUGAAGGGGAAGAAGAACCAAAGGGGACGGAGAAACAGCCACCAAAGGUCCCUGAGCCCCCACGCCCAGCUCUGCUGCAGAGCCUGAGCUGCCCGGCCGCUUGCCACAGGGAGGAGCAGCCCUGGGCAGAGGUGGCAAAGAUGGAGAUGAUUCCAGAGGAAACCACGGCGGUGGAGCCAAAAGAGGGUCCGACAGAGCCUGGCCCUGCCCCACCAGCCAUGGGGGACCUGCAGCCCCAUGGCACCCCCCAGGAGAGGACAUUGCCCAGUGCCACAGGGCAGCCCCUGGAUCCCGCUGGGGUUGUGGAGCAACCUGGACCUGAAGGGCAACCACCCUCGACAGAGGCAAAGCCACCCCCCAGCCCCUACCUCACCCCUGAUUUUGGGAAGGAAGACCCUUUUGAAAUACUGGACGAUGUCCCUCCGCCACCAGCGCCCUUCGAGCAUCGCGCUGUCACCCUGCACUCUGGCAGCGUCAGCUCCCAGUUCAGCCUCAACUCCAAGGACAUCCUGGGCGGGGGCAAGUUUGGUGAAGUCCACACGUGCACGGAGAAGGAGACGGGGCUCAAGUUGGCAGCCAAAGUGAUCCGGAAGCAGGGACCCAAGGACAAGGAGAUGGUGCUGCUGGAGAUCGACGUGAUGAACCAGCUGAACCACCACAACCUCAUCCAGCUCUACGACGCCAUCGAGACACCCCGGGAGAUCAUCCUCUUCAUGGAAUUCGUGGAGGGUGGUGAGCUCUUUGAGCGGAUCAUCGACGACGACUACCACCUGACAGAGGUGGACUGCAUGGUGUUCGUCCGGCAGAUCUGCGAGGGCAUCCGCUUCAUGCACCACAUGCAUGUCCUCCACCUCGACCUCAAGCCUGAGAACAUCCUCUGUGUCUCUGCCACCGGACACAUGGUGAAGAUCAUCGACUUUGGGCUGGCUCGAAGGUACAACCCCAACGAGAAAUUGAAGGUGAACUUUGGCACCCCUGAAUUCCUCUCCCCUGAGGUGGUCAACUACGAGCAGGUCUCCUACACCACAGACAUGUGGAGCAUGGGGGUCAUCACCUACAUGCUGCUCAGUGGUCUCUCCCCCUUCUUGGGUGAUGACGACACCGAGACUCUCAACAACGUCCUGGCUGCCAACUGGUACUUCGACGAGGAGACUUUUGAGAGCGUCUCCAAUGAGGCCAAGGAUUUCGUCUCAAACCUCAUCAUCAAGGAUAAAAGUGCCCGGAUGAGCGCUGACCAGUGCCUGCAGCAUCCCUGGCUCAAAAAUCUGGCAGAAAAGGCCAAACGCUGCAACCGGCGCCUCAAGUCCCAGGUGCUGCUCAAGAAAUACGUCAUGCGACGGCGCUGGAAGAAAAACUUCAUCGGGGUGUGUGCUGCCAACCGCUUCAGGAAGAUCACCAGCUCAGGGUCCCUGACGGCGCUGGGUGUCUGAGCUGGGGCUCCCAGGGGGGUCGAGGCCAGAGAGGAAGCGUUUGAGAGAGUCCCACAUCAGACUUGCUUUUAGACAGCAGCAGGACCUCUCUGGGGUCCCAGCUGCCCACUGAGGGGCCAGGAGCUGGAGCUGCACUGUGCCCUCCCUGCCCGUGCUGUGCCGGAUGCUGCUCUGAUGCCCACAUCACACCUCUGCUCUGUGCCACUGCCACCACGAGGCUGCUCUGCUGCAUCCCUGGAGCUGCCCCUGUCUGGCAUCCAGCAGCUGUGGGACUGCUUGGGGGCCAGGACCCCGCUGGGAUCCUCACCUGCAGCAGCUCUGCUGAGCUUGUACCACUCCGGGCAGCAUUUCUGAGCUCAGGACCCUCUGCUGAGGGCUCAGGCUCAGGACCUCUGGGGCUCCUGGGGCUCCAGCCUACGCCAUUCCCAUCGAGCCAGUGGCCCCACUGAUAUGUCUUUGGACUGUGAGGCUGCUCUGGAGAGGAGGUUUCUGAUCUCA